CUAGGCUACUUCGCAUGCUUCAGGCAUAAUGUUGAACGAAUCUUGACAGACACUUGAAUUUUCAACGAUCGCACCCAUUCCUUGCACUACUCUGCCAUUGACUUGACUCGAACGUCGGCCUCACAGUCUGGUCCAAAAGUGUCAUUCGGAGACAUGUGGCAGGAUGAUGAAGACAACAACCCAUACGGGUCAUACAGCAACCAGGAAUCUGCCGGCGAACCUACGAACCCAGGUUUAGAUACCACCUAUUCAAAUCAGCCCUCAAGUCCAGAUACCUCGCAAUCCUCUCCUACACAGCCGACGCAAUAUGGGUCCCAGCCCGACCACCCUGAAGAUGACGAUGAAGACUAUACCGCCCACACAGAGGCAGGGCAUAUUCCGCCAAAGGGCGGUUAUCAUAGUAGAGUACAGCAGAUACUUUACGAGAACCCCGACUUAGAUAUCGUCAUUACCGACGCCGGAAAGAGUUCAGAUGGCGGCUAUAUCAUUUACAAGAUCCGUACUGGCGAUAUUGAGGUUGCCAGGAGAUACUCGGAGUUCAGUUCUUUGCGUGCCGCUCUUGUCAACCUUCACCCAACACUGGUAAUUCCUCCCAUACCUGAAAAGCAUACAAUGGCAGACUAUGCCGCGAAGCCUACCAAAGCCAAGGAAGAUGUUGGUAUAAUCGAUCAGCGAAAGCGCAUGCUGGCGGUGUUUCUCAAUCGGUGUCGGAGGAUGAAGGAUGUUGUUGAGGAUGGCGUCUGGUGGAGGUUUUUGGAUCCUAAUUCCAGCUGGAACGAAGUCCUACAUGCUCACCCAGUCGUAUCAGUACCUAAAAACAACCUCAAGGCCCCUCCUUUGGAUCCUGCCAAUCCCACUCCUGCACACAAUUGGCUUCCUGUGCCUGCUUCGUCUGCCAAACUCAGAUCAGGAGGGCCAACGUCGAGUAGCGGUACGCCCAUCUCUCCCCCGGAUCAGACCUAUCCAUCAGCCGCUGCACACACGAUACCGGGACCCCAAAUCUUUGGCCGUUUCCCGGUCGCUUCCGACAAGUUGAGCGAGACAGAUCUCGACCCCUACUUCAUUAAUUUCGAAGCCGCCACACGAGAGCUCGAGCUUCUAUUGCAAGGUAGCAUAGAAAAGGUCAAUCGGCGAACGCUCGAACACCUGACCAAGCUCUCUUCUGACCUUGCCGAGUUGGGAGCACGUUAUAACGGCUUUUCACUCUCGGAACAGUCGCCAACAGUUGCGACCGCGAUCGAAAAAGUAGGUCAGGCAGUUGACGGCACUUAUAUUUCCACGGAGGAACUGUCUCUGGGUCUAGGAGCUACGUUCGCAGAACCCAUGCGGGAAAGCGCGCAAUUCGCCGGAGUUGUGCGCAAUGUCUUGAGAUAUCGAGUCCUCAAAAGAGUGCAACAGGACAUGACCAGGGAAGAGCUGGAGAAGAAACGAGGCCUCCUUGAUGCUUUGGAGCGCAGCGAAGCGGAGUCGAAGAGGAUUGACGCAUAUCUGGCCAGCAGCGUGCCGACGUUAUCAAGCCCACCAAGACGGUCAACCUCGAGUGCUUCAGCACGAAGUCCUCCUGACCGCCAAGGACUGGGUAGAGAGGGCCACGAGGAGACAGAAUCUGUUGACUCUGAUUUCCCACCCACUCACGGAGAAGCUUCAUCAUCAUCACCUCCCUCUGCCGCGCAGGGCCAACCUAACCCGUCCACCUCCCCUACCUCUCACAGGAAAUCUCCAAGUGGAAAUUUUGUGACCAACAAAAUCUUCGGCAGUUUUAGACACGCAGUGAAUGGCUUCGUGGACGUUGAUCCGGAGAGAACACGCCGGGAUCAAAUUGGCAAAACCAGAGAAAGCCUCACACAGCUUGAGCAAGCGCUCGAAGUGUCUGAGAAAGAUGUGCGAGAUGCCACGCAAGGCGUUAUGCGAGACCUGAAGAGAUUCCAAAAGGAGAAAGAAGACGAUCUUCAAAGAUAUAUGGUGGCCUAUGCAAGAUGUCAUAUUGAAUGGGCUCGAAAGAACCUGGAGUCAUGGGGGGAGGCCAGAGACGAGGUCGAUAAGAUUGUUUCACGGUAGUCUGCAGAGAGCACCAUCAGAAAGGAAAUGCACCUUGUCAUGUUAUGCGCGAAGGAAGUGAAGGAGAUCUUCGCUGGAAGCAUAGCAGGCAUGCAUGGAAUGUCUAUUCGGUGGACAAACGUGAAUCCUUAAUAGCGAUACCUUGAGGCAGCGAGAGCCUCUUAAUAAAGAGAGGAAACGACGAAGCUCCCAGUAUUUGAUUGUCGUGAUGUGUGUUUUGAGGUUGCUAUACAGUAAAGACCUGGUGGUCCAAACUCCAGUGUGACGCAGGGCAGCCGCCGUCAACAAAUCUGCGGGUCACCUUAGCGGACGCAGGACGAUUUUUGAACGUCAGGUAC